GAGAGGCGGGGGCGUUGUGGCCACGCCUCCUUGUUUACGGCUCGGCCGGGCCUGGGCUCGCCUUUCACUGCCCGCCUCCAUGUUGUUGCUUCAGGAGGAGGCGGCGGCGGCGGCGCGCGCGGGGGGCUGAGGCGAAGCAGGCGCUGGAGCGCCGCCGAGGGGGACGAGGCGGCGCCGCGCCCGCGACCGGCGCUGACAGGCGGGAGCCUCCGAGCCGGGGCAGGAGCCGCCAGAGCGGCCGGGCGGGCUGAGAGGAGGCGGUGGUGGCGGCGGCGCUGCAGCACGGAGCCCGGACAGACACCGCUGCCCCCCUCCCCGGACUCUGCCCCCCCCCAGCUCAGAGCCUAGGCGGAGGGCCGAGCAGCGGAAUGAUAUAAUUCCCCCCCCCGGGCGCCGGUGGUGGUGGGGCAGCGCGGGGAGGGAUGCGCGCGGGGGGGCGGCUGGGGCCGGCCGGGGGGGCAGCAGUAGCCGAGGAGGCGGCGAGUGCCCUGGGCGGCGGCGGCGCCUCCUCCUCCUCCUCGUAGGGAACUGGCAGUUCUGUUCGGGGGGGCCGAAGGGGGGCACGUGGGGGGCAGCUGAGCUGACAGGUAACUUAUAGGGGGCCGCUGCCUGUCAGGAGGGCGCCUCUGAGAAGUGGAGCGAGGCGAGCCCUUGGCCGGGCGGCGCGGGGGGAAUGAUCCGCCAGCGGCAUUCUAGGGGGUGGCCCUCCUCCUCCUUCUCCUCCUCUCUAGGGUGUGCUGGAGUAGAUGUUGGGGGGGAGAGGUAAUAGAAAGAAAGUGGUUUUGUUGGGGGGGUUCUUUUUCCCCCCCUUUCGGAGGAGGGAUCAGCGCAGGGCAAUCCGGAGUUGGCAGCUGCAGGACGAAUUGGGGUUUUUGUGGGGUUAGGUUAGUGGGCAACCCCCCCAUCUGUUUUUUUAAAGCGGGGGGGGGGGACUGUCCUAAGGAGAGUAUUUUCGUGGCUGGCGUAGUGAUUUGGAGUGGUACGGGUGGUUGUUGUUUUUUUUGCUCCUGGUGAGGAUAGUCUUUGGAUUUGGGUUUUUCCUUAAAAAAAAUUUUUUUUUUUAAAAAAACUCCCUCUGCUCUUUGAAGAAGGAAAGAGGACGAGGCACUACAGAAGGGACCUGUAUGGUGCUGCCUUCUAUUACCAUUUUCUCUCCCCCCCCCCUUUUUUUUUGGCUUGGCUUCGUUCCUGGAAGAGUGAUUUUUUCCCCCUUCACGUAUAAAUCCGCCUAUUGAUUUCCUAAAGGAAAACAAAUAAAAAGAAACCCAUAAACGCACACCAAACCUGCCUCUGGGAGGGAAGUAGCCAGGUGAAAACACACUCAGUUUCCAUGGACAACCCGUCCAUUAUCACCCAGGUGACUAACCCCAAAGAGGAAGAAAUCCUGUCUUGCUCUCAGGAUAAAGCGUCCCAAUGUAAUCUCAGUUUGAAAAAGCAGAGGAGUCGAAGCAUCUUCAGCACUUUAUUCUGCUGCUUUCGUGACUACAAUGUUGAGCCACCAUCUCCCAACAGCACCAAUGUCCUUCCUCCACUGGUGGAAGAGAAUGGCGGACUUCAGAAGGGUGACCAGAUGCAGGUCAUUCCCAUACCAAGUCCACCAGCUAAAUACCUCCUCCCAGAAAUGACAAUAUCAGAUUAUGGGAAGAAAUGUGUGGUCAUUGAUCUAGAUGAAACACUAGUGCACAGUUCGUUUAAGCCAAUUAGCAAUGCCGACUUCAUUGUUCCAGUUGAGAUUGAUGGGACGAUACAUCAGGUGUAUGUACUGAAACGACCACACGUGGAUGAGUUCCUCCAGAGAAUGGGAGAGCUCUUUGAAUGUGUGCUUUUCACAGCCAGUCUAGCAAAGUAUGCAGACCCAGUGGCGGACUUGUUGGAUCGCUGGGGUGUGUUCAGGGCACGACUCUUCAGAGAAUCCUGCGUUUUCCACAGAGGAAAUUACGUGAAGGAUCUAAGCCGACUGGGGCGAGAGUUGAGCAAAGUUAUAAUAGUGGAUAACUCCCCUGCGUCUUACAUCUUCCAUCCUGAAAAUGCAGUGCCUGUGCAGUCCUGGUUUGAUGACAUGACGGACACAGAGUUGUUGGACCUUAUUCCUUUCUUUGAAGGACUAAGCACAGAGGAAGAGGUUUACACGAUGCUUCAUAAACUCUGCAACAGGUAGCCCUUCAGGCCCCAGUCGCUGCUUCCCUGCUGCAGCCGCUGUGGAUCGUGUGCCGUCUUCAGAGUCUUACGCAGCCUUGCAAAAGAGGCCGCUCUGGUCUGAGCUGUACUCCUCUUGAUCUUCCUCUUAAUGCUGUACAUGAAGGACAAUCAUGAAUGGAUGCUCCUAAAUCAUGGGAAUACUGAUGCCGUCAGGUGAUGAGACUACUUUUUAAAAAAAGAAAUUUAAAAAGAAGCUAUUUUGAAUGGGACUGUUUUAAUGAAUUUCAUAAAAGGACAUAUUUUACAGGAUCAGCUUUUUUCUUAAGAACAUGCCAAAAAAAAUUAAAAAAAUCAGAAGCUUGAUGUUACUUCAGCGAGUCAACUUGCCCCCUUCCCUGCCUGCCCCGCCGUGUUUUGCCCCUCUCCACCCUGCUUAUAGAGCAGUUGACCUGUCUCUGAACUUUCUUUCUUCCAUAAUGAAGUGCCUUUUUGAAUGUUAUUUUAAGAUUUUUUUAAAAAAUCAUUUUUGUAUAAGGCGUAUUUCCAGACAUCUUUUAGUCUUGUAUUGUUUAAAUGCUUUAAGAAGAAGAAAAAUUGGAGAUCUUUUAUAGAGCACUGUAAUAUAUGGAAACAAAGGAAAAAGUUGAAACAGGUGAUAGAUUUCUGUCUCCAUGAUAACACUUGAGUUGUAUUAGCUACGUUUUUGUCAUGCCUGAAAAGCUCAUGAUUUACAUGAGGAGGAAACGAUUGGGGUUACCUAUAGGUUGGUGACACAACUGUCUCACUCGUUUGGGUCCUGUUUAGAAUAUAUCUGCAGGUUUUGGCUGAAUAUGGAGAAACAGAUUGAUGGCCACUCAGUGGCAAGCAGUUCUUCAGCACAUUCAGGAGGUUCCUUUACUGUCUCUAACGCACAACUACCAAGUGUUUCUGAUGGUGACGAGAUGCCAAGUGGAGGGCAAUGGGUCUAUUUAUUAAUCUUGAAUUCCUUCCUGACAUAAAGACACGUUGCUAGGUAAGCAAGAUGCAUAUAGAGUUGUUCAGGAGUGCAGGCCCAAACCCCAAUGAAUGACAUGCGAGAGAACACACAAAUCCAGCGCUCAUUCCAGUCCAUGGGGCAUGUGCAGGAGACAGUUCCUGACCUUUGUGGGGCCCUGUGUGUAUUUGUGGUUCUUACCUGCUGCUACUGAAGGUUCACCAAAUGGAGCUGAUCCCCAGCUGUUAUACUGUUCUUUGCCACUGUGCCUGUGCUACUGAAGCCUCCAUUGUAAGCUGCAAAACAUGGGCAAUAAAUGAAGUGCUAGUCUUGUGGAGCCCUCCUAAGAUAAAUAAAUUGCACAUCUAGAGUAGCUCAGUCAAAUGUGACCUGCAAAUUUAAUUUUUAAAAAUUAGAGUUGUGCUCCCCAUUCUCAGUGCUUCAUUGUAGGUUUCUUUUCCCUACUUUUACGAUCUCCCUUAAAAUAUCUGGAAUGGUAAUUCCAGGCUUCCUCCUGUUGCUGAAAACCUGUUAGCAUCUAUCAGAUCAGACUUGGGAUUCAGCCUGAAGAGCCGAGAUGAUUAGAAUUGAAGUUCCCUUUGUAAAAAUUAUUGGAACUGCCCAAGUGUUAAAAUUAGAGCCGGUGUUAAGAUGAUACAAUUGUUCUCAAUUUCUUGGGCUUUCAUGCAUUUUAUAAUCCCUCCCUUUUACCUCACCAUUUGCUUGAGAUAAAGAAUGUUAGCCUUGUCUUAAAGGCAUGUAUUGGACACAUCACAAAUUCUCUCUCCAUCAUUCAUUUCCUUCUUGAAUUUGAAGCUAAAACGGGGCACCCACAACAGCACAAUCCCUCCUUAAUCAUGUUUUUCCCACUCCCACCCACCUCAGGUCACUUUUUCUCUGCACCAACCAAAAUCUGUAGUUGCCCAAAUCAGCCAUAAUGGACAGGAAUUGUCCAAAAUUAUUUUGGUGCUUUAUCCAGCAAACGGUCAAAUGCCAAAAUGGCUUGUAGUCACUACUUGCCUUCACCCAGGCACAGCUAGUAGGAGCCACAAGAUGUCGAGAUGAACUCAUAGUCCUCGGCUAAAAUCAUAUAAUAAGCAGCUUUACCCAUUUUCUCAUAAGAAAGGCAGGCCAGCCUCCCCAGGCAUGGAAUAGGUUAUCACAGGCACAGUAGAACACAGACUUGUCACCCAUCGUUCAAUUUUGCGCCAUAUUUGCAGAGCUUUUGCAGAGAAGGCGCCUUAGAAGCAGUGCAGUCUUGCCCAUCCUGCACAUGGUCAUUGCCUCAUUUGUCUACCAGAGGACAUUACCCGAGUGUGGUGUGUUCUGUUUGCCAAGAGUCAGGCAACCUAAAGAACCAACUUUUUUUUUUUUCAGUUUUGUGAACGUAUGGAUUCUGGUUAGUCCAUUAAGUUUAGCUUCAAUCAAAGUGUUCUUUGGUUCUGUAUUUGAAUUCAGAAUAAUGAAACAGAUGUACUGCCAAAGCAUGUUCUCGGAGCAGUAUUUUUCAACUGUACUUCGGGCCUUCUGAGCCUCAGAAUACAGUCUGCAGGGAGAGUAUUCAGGUUGUAGUGAGGGCAAGUAUGAUGGGAAUGGUUGGAGUUAAAGAGCGAGAAGGCAGGUGGGUCUCACUUGCAUUGAACUUCACCAUCUUCCAGCUAUGGCUUGCCGUCAUUUUGCCCUUUCUAGUGCGACGUGACCUUCUGACAGUUUUAAGCGAUCUGUUGUACAUAAUGCAAACCAUUCUCAUUUGAUGUUCACUUUUUAUAAAAUCAGCAAUUUUAUCUCUAACCAGUUGCCUUAAAUGUCUGUGAAUGAAUGUUAAUAUUAAGUGUCUUGUAACAUUUUGAAAGCCACAUCCAAUAGACAACUGAACUUCUGGGUUGGUUCGUUUUCCAAAAAGUUUAAUGAACUACUUUGCUAAAUAACUCUGGGAUUUUGAAAUCUGCUAAGUUCUUGAAAAAUAUUUGUUUUGUUGGAAUCAUCUUAUGUUACCUUAAAGACUAACAAAUUGA